AUGUCUGUCAAGUGCAAAAUCGGACCUUCAAUUUUGAACGCAGAUCUCUCUGACCUGUCUGAUGCAUCUUUAAAGCUGCUUGACAGUGGAGCAGACUACUUGCACCUGGAUGUUAUGGAUGGUCAUUUUGUUCCUAACCUUACGUUUGGACACCCUGUUGUAAAGUGUUUACGUAAAAAAAUUCCCAAAGCCUUCUUUGAAACGCAUAUGAUGGUGUCUAAACCAGAGCAGUGGAUCGAACCAAUGGCUGAUGCGAGUGUUGAUCAAUACACCUUUCACAUCGAACCUGUUGCUGAUGUCCCUAGCGUUUGUCGCAAAGUGCGAGAAGCUGGCAUGAAGGUUGGCCUUGCAUUGAAACCGGGCACUGGUGUCGAAGUGGUUUCCGAGUACGUGGACAUGGCUGAUAUGGUGCUAGUGAUGACCGUUGAACCAGGGUUUGGUGGGCAAAAGUUCAUGUCUGACAUGAUGACGAAAGUGAGGUGGCUGCGUGAACACUAUCCAUCUCUCGAUAUAGAGGUUGAUGGUGGUGUUGGGCCAUCAACUAUUGACACUUGUGCGCAGGCUGGUGCAAACAUGAUUGUGUCGGGGACUGCUGUGACAGGAGCUGCAGACCCAUCUCAAGUUAUCAAGUCCCUGCGGAGCUCAGUGGAAGCGGCAAUUAGCAAAUCGUAAAUUUUAAUCUGUUCUGUGAUUGUGUAAAAUGUUUAGGCAGCAGGCCUGUCUUUUGAAAUGUGACUGAUUAGUACAAAACUUCAUUCCACUUUUUGUUGGGGCAUUUUAUUGGAUGUUUCUACUUUUUUUACCUUGCAAUUUGUUGUGUGGAACUUAGGCUAAAUAAAGUCUUGCUUUGCAGAUUU